AUGCGGCUGCUCGAGCUCUUCUCGGGCACCGGGUCCGUGGGCCGCGCCUUCGAGGCCCGCGGCUGGGAGGUCACGAGCCUCGACCUGAACGCCAAGGCCCGCCCGACCAUCUGCUGCGACAUCCUCCAGUGGCAGUACAGGGACUACGCUCCCGGCCACUUCGACAUGGUCUGGGCGAGCCCCGUGUGCACCGAGUUCUCCAUGGCCCUCAGGAACCGCCCCCGCGACCUGCCGGCCGGCGACGCGCUGGUCCUCAAGGCCCUCGAGAUCAUCGACUACCUCAAGCCCAGGUGGUGGGCCCUCGAGAACCCGGCCACGGGGCUGCUGAAGACGCGCGAGUACAUGGCCGGGCUGCCCUUCCACGACGCGGGCAUCUCCGCGCGCACCUCGCCGCAGGGCUCGGAGCUCCUGCGCCUCCCCAACGCCCAGCAGCUGCUGCUCGCCCGGCCGGACGGGCAGCCCACCCGCGCCGGGCAGUUCUAUUACCAGCUGGUCGGGCGGCGCCCGCCCUCCCGGCGCUUCAACGAGGCGCAGCCGCUCGUGCGCGACGGCCCGAAUGACUACAUUCUGCUACGGGGAGGCGCCAAGAAACUUGUGCGGAGCCUGCAGCCCGACGGCAGCUACCGCGUCACCAAGCUGGGCAAGGCCUUCUUCCGUGACAAGUGGACAGAUUACAUCGCCCACAUGCCCGUGAGGAUCCGCGGGAGGCGGCGACGCGGGCAGCCAUACCAGAGGGACGACUUCCUGCCCGUGACUCUGGACGGCCUCGGGCGCCAGAACGCCGGGCUGAGCGAGGUGCAGCAGCACCGGAACGUGAUCGCGGCCGCGCUGCGCAAAAUGGGGAACCCCGCGGACGGCGACGUGGUCAUGGAGCUCUCUGAGGAGCAAUACACAUUCGACGCCUCGCGGGACUGGGGCGUCUCCAAGCAGACGAUGCAGGUGGCGCAGAACAACCAGGUGGAGACGGAGGUGACGCUGCGCCAGCCGCUGGGGGCCCUGCGGGACGUCUCCUACCAGCUCUACAGGGGCUCGGAGCUCCUGGAGAGCGCCUUCGAGGAGAUCUACUCGGACUUCGACGCGAUCUGCCCCCGUGGCUGGGAGCGCAGGGGCGUCACCGGCAAGGAGAUCCGGCAGUUCUGCGAGUGGCGCAAGGCGCCGCUCUUCAUCGUGAACUGUCGGGGGCAGAUGAUCGACUGCUACGAGCCGCCCGUGAAGGAGGAGCGGGCCCUGGCGCUGUGCGUGUAUCGCGACCACGCCUACUUCUACAAGAGCGCGCGGGCCGUGGCCUGGUGCGACGGCGAGCCGCGGGACGUUCCGAGCUACCGCGGGGAGCGGCGGGAGUCCACCGUGCCGCCCUUCGGCGAGUGGCGGGAGUGGCAGGGCGCCCUCGAGCCCGGGCACUACUGGGCCAAGGACCUGCGCGUCGCGCGCUCCCGCCUGCUCGCGGAGGGCCACCAACCCAAGGUGGUCCUGCGGGGGCUCGUGGAGUGGCGCUACCUGCGGCUGCGCGUGCGGGGGCAGCAGGGAGACUGUGUCAUUCACGAGUACCCCGAGGACGCGGAGGUGCUGGACGCGUGGAUGGGCAAGCUGGGCUUCGUGUACCGCGGGCAGCGGCUCGCCGGCGCGGCCAGCGAGGUCUUCGCAGCGCUCCUGAAGGCGCGCCGGGACCGCGGCGAUGUGCAGCGGCUGCUGCGGGAGCAGCGGGGAGCCUGCGCGCUCUGCGCCGCGCCCAUCGACGCGGGCAGCUGCGAGGCGGACCACGUGGUGCCGGUGCACCAGUCCUUCUUCGGGCAGCGGCAGCCACUGCAGGCCCUGUGCCUGGAGUGCCACCGCGCCAAGACGUUCCUGGAGUGCUCCCACGCCACGAGCCUGGAGAGCCGCUUCUGCCGCCACGUCUACGAGAGCUACGCCUGCUCCCCGCGGCUGCCUCCCCUCGUGUGCGGCCUGUCGAAAUGCAACCCCGAGAAGGUGUGCCAGGGCGUGGACGUGGUGCGGUGCCGGAAGAACGCCCUGGCCAACGCCCCCUUCCCGCUGCCCGUCUUCUGCCCCCUGGACAGCAUCCGGCCGGCGGAGGAGGGGCAGCUGGCGGACCUCACCUUCGUGCGGAAGCGGGAGGACAAGCGCGAGGGCUUUCUGGCGCGGCUGCCCUACGUCGGCCCGGGCUGGUACGGGAAGCCGGCGGUGGCCUACAUGCUCGACGCGGGCCUGGCGAGAUGGGCGGACUGCGAGUGGUCCCUGCAGGCCACGGCCCACGUGGCGCCCGACUGCCUGGCGCGGGCGCUGGAGGUCAUGGAGGGGGGCUGGCCCGAGGGCGAGGAGCACUUCGCGAAGCUCAGCGUGAACGCCCUCAUCGGGCUGUGGGCGCGCUCCAAGGACGUCUUCUACUCCAUGAGGACGAGCAGCCACGAGGCGGACGCCUGGGGCUCCCAGUUCCUGCAGGUCUUCUUCGACGCCGCGGGCGCCUGCCACUACGACCACGUCUACGCCACGGAGCUCUUCACGAACCGCUCCACGCGCCCGGCGCACGACUUCGUGAUGGCCUCCGAGUACGUGGCGAUGGCGAGGAUCCACCGCGCGCUGCGGGAGGUGCCGCCCCGCUACCUCGUGGCGCUGAAGACCGACUGCCUCGUCUGCCAGGGCCUGCCGAAAAAGUUCCUGCCCGCCGUGGAGGCGCUCACGCGGCACCGGCACCGGGACGGCACGCCGAAGUACCGCUUCGAGGAGGUGAAGCGACUGGAGGGAGACUACCGAGAGCCGCGGCUGGAGACGGAGCCGCCGCCGCCGCAGGAGCCCUGGAGGCACGUGGAGGACCCCGUGGCGCACUGCCUCGACGGGGGCAGCCUGCUGCUCUCCGGCAUGCCGGGCACGGGGAAGACGCACCUGGCGCGGCGGAUCGUGGCGCAGCUCUCGGCGCAGGGCGAGGACGUGACGCUCAUCUCGAAGACGCGCUGCAGCGUGCAGAACCUGGGCCUGGGGGCGCAGACGGCGGACCACUGGGUGCGGCGCACCGUGCGCGCGGGCCGCUGCGAGCUGGACUGGCUCGUGGUGGAGGAGGUCACGCAGCUCGACGUGGGGCUGUGGGCCGACAUCGCUGAGCUCUCCACGAACCGCCGGGUGCGCUUCCUGUUGCUGGGCGACUUCCGGCAGCUGCCCGCCGUGCAGGACGCCUUCGGGGGCGCGCCGGUGCUGCGCUCGCUGAAGGACUCGCAGCUGCUACACGACCUGGCGGGCGGCUGCGUGCACGAGCUCACGGAGAACCAGCGCAGCGACGAGACGAUCUUCCGCUUCCUGCGGUGGCUGCGCGUGGACGAGCCGGAGCAGCCGCCGCUGCGGGAGGCCGUGCAGGCGGCGCGGGAGCGGUUCCCGCGGCGGGGCCACCCCGACACCUGCCUGGUCAUCUCCCACGCCCACAGGAUGGCCAUCAACGAGCGAGAGAACCGGCGGCUCGCGCCGGAGGGAGCGCUGCUGGUGGAGCACCGGGCGCAGGGGCCCGCGGGCACGAACCAGCCGCAGACGAUGCGCGUGUGGCCCGGACUGAGGCUCGUGGGCGCGGGCGGCAGGGUGCCCAAGGGCUGCUUCGCGACGGUGCGGGAGGUGGGGGAGCGGAUCUCGCUGGACGACGGGCAGAGCUUCACGCCCGCGGAGCUGCUGCGGCACACGCGGCUCUGCCACGCGGUCACGUACGCCUCCUGCCAGGGCCUCACGCUGCGGGGGAGGGUGUGGCUCUGCGACGCCGAGAACCCGCAUUUUUCUGUCAAGCAUCUCUAUGUCGGCGCGUCGCGGGCCACGGGCGCGGAGCUCCUGAGCGUGAUCUGA